UCUUCAAUGCUAUGAAGCUGCAGCUGUUCUGCUACGAAACCUUUCGCCGCCACGCCAGAGCGUUCAUUGAACCGGCAAUUCUACACCACUGGAAUGUGACACAGGACGUCAUUCUACAGCGGCUAAUCCAGGAGGGCAAAGUGAUCCUCGGUGGUGACAUGAGGGCAGACUCUCCAGGUCAUUCUGCAAAGUACGGGAGUUACACAAUGAUGGACCUACGUACUAACACCAUUGUGGAUAUUCAGUUGGUUCAAAGCAAUGAGGUUGGUGGCAGCAAUUGUAUGGAGAAGGAGGGCCUGACUAAGAGUCUGACAUUUUUGGAGGCGUGUGGCAUUGACAUUGACAGCAUUGUCACAGAUCAUCAUCCACAAGUACAGAAGUUCCUUACGGAGAGAAACAUUAACCAUUAUUUGGAUGUCUGGCACUUUGCAAAAGGAUUCUCCAAGAAGCUGGAAGCCAUUAGUGAGCAGAAAGAAUGUGAAAAGUUGAAGAAGUGGAUGAAGGGCUUGGACAACCACGUGUACUUCACUGCAUUGGGCUCCACCUCAGGGCCAGAGAGAGUUGCGAAGUGGACUGCAAUGCUGAACCAUGUCCAAGACAUCCACACCCACGAGGAUCCGCUUUAUCCUGUGUGUGAGCAUGCAGUCCGCCAGACAAGAGAUCCUAUGAAGUACCUCCAACCAGAAACUAUAGUCUUCGAAAAGUUGGAUAAGGUGAUGACCAGCACAAGAACGCUGAACGACGUGGCAAAACUCAGCCCCCACGUCCAAACAACGCCAUUGGAAGAUUUCCAUUCUGUCAUCCCCCAAUUUGCCCCAAAGAAUGUUGUCCUUCCCUAUAUUGGAAUGCUGUGCAGACUGUACUUGGCGGCUAUCCACUUUAAUGAAAACGCAAAUCGACCACAGGCCCAGACUGCAGACAGUGUACCCCUCUUCAAAAUCUCCUUUCCAAAGUCCAAGAAGGGAGGGUGCACAAUUGAACGUCAGAAGAUUCCACCAACCUUUGGCUAUGUGGAUGUCCUGAUGGACCUUAUUUUGGACGAGGUCUUUGUGAAUCCUGCGCCGUACACCGAUGCAAUGUUGACCAUUCGUGUCCCAGAAGACCUGUCGGCGCAGUUCAACAAGCCAGACAAGGAGGAGGUCAUCGCCAGAUUUGUGUCAAGGUUCACACGUCAAGCAGUCUAAACCCGGUGUAAUCUGCAGUCCCACGGAUCAUGGAAUUUCUGGAAUAUCACGGAAUUUCAUAAAAGUUUUUCUAGUCAUGGAAUUUUCUUAACCGUUGUGUAAAAGCAACACCUUUUUUUUGUCUUACUGAUAACACUACAACGCUUCACCAGAGACGGUUCAGUCUGCUCUAAGGGUGAAGAUAAUCUUCAGUUUUCACACUUUUAAAAACGUUUAAAACGUCAUUUCUUUUCAUGGAAGUGGUCAUGGAAAUUCAGGUUUUUUUUUGGGUCUGGAAUGUUAUGGAAAAUCAUGGAAUUUUAUAUCUGAAUUAGAGUGGGAACCCAAUGCCCUUCAUCAUGGGGGUACUCUGCAUGGAUACACAGGAACACCCAGGCAGGACCACUCUAAUCCUGUGACCCAAUAAGCCCCAGCACCACAACAAAAAUUGCCUGUGGGCCAAAUACCUGAAGCGCCUGGAAGCAGAGACUUGCAGUAGGGUUGUGCCAACGGACAGCUGGCAUCACGAUGGACGCAAACAUUGUGAUGCCAAGGAAUCCUCUACUUGUGUAUUUUUGAAGCCGCUGCUAUUGUAAUAAUUACGGUGCUUUGCAUCAAAGUGAACUGAAACAUUACCGUAAAAUCCAUAGUAGCAGCGGUUUCAAGGCUGAACUGACCGAGGUUGUCAACACACAAGCCUCAAGCAGAGUGAAUUAUAGCUACGACAAAAACACAAUGGAAUAAACACUUGUGAACUAAGCUUGACUAUUGUUUGCUGCCGAUGUGUUCAAGUAAGCGUCUGAUUAUCCAGGCUGUGCUCUCGCAGUGACGCAACACCUUCGGUUCAGCUAUACUAGCUCAGGAAAACUGUUUGUUCCGUUACUUUCGGGUUCCCUCCUUAGUGGGGAAACACCACCCUCUUUGUCGGUAAGCAAUCAACUUUCAGCAUCACCAACGGUCCUGGGCACAGGUGUGUUCAAGGCAGUGACGUUGUUCAAGCAGACACGUUCUAUUGGGACUAAGAAAAUGUUUGGUUUAAACUUUGGCUCAGCCUUUUCUGCCCUCGACCAGUAGCAAACCAAGGGAGGUGGGUCAACCAUGCCUUUUUAGAAUGUUAGUUGUUAUGCUCUUGGUUAGACCAAGUCUUGAAGAGAUUUGAAAGUCAUGAUGAUCAGGCUAGUGUCUGAUGGCUUUCAUUUACACUCACCUCACUUUUUUAGGAACACCUCUCUAGAGCUGGGUUGGACCCCCUUUGCCAUCAGAACUGCCUGAACUGCCUGCAACAAUACUCGGAAAGGCUGUGGCAUUCCAACAAAGAUAAAUUGGUACUAAUUGGCCCAAAUUGUGCUAAGAACAUAUCCUUAUGCCAUUAUAUCUCCAGCCUAAAACGUUGAUGUAAGACGGGGUUGACCCAUGUUCUCAUGUUGUUUACUCCAAAUUCUGACCAUUCCACCUGAAUGUUGCAGUAGAUGUCCAGACUCAUCAGACCGGGCCACAUUUUCCCUGUCUCUUAUGGUGAGCCUGUCCAAAUUGUUGCCUCAUUUUCCUGUUCUUAGCUGACAGGAGUGCCACCAAAUGUGAUUUUCUGCUGCUGUAGCCCAUUUACCUCAAGAUUUGAUGUGCUGUGUUAUCAGGGAUUCUCUUAUGCAUAGCUGUACCUCGGUUGUAUGAGUGGUUAUUUGACUUAAUGUUGCCUUUGCAUCAGCUCAAGCCAGUCUGGCCAUUCUCCUCUGACCUCUGCCAUCACCAACCCAUUUUUGCCCACAGAAUCGCUGCUCACUGCAAUUUUUUUUUCUCUCGUACCAUUCUUUGUAAACCCUAGAGAUGGUUGUGUGAAUAUCCCAGUAGAUCAGUCUUUUCUGAAAUGCUUAAAUCAAGCGCUUUAGGCACCAAAAAGCCAUGCCAUGUUCAAAGUCAUUUAAAUAACCUUUAUUCCCCAUUAUGAUGCUCGGUUUGAACAGCAUCAGAUCAUCUUGACCAUGUCUACAUGCAUACACUAAAUGCAUUGAUUUGCCACCAUGUGAUUGGCUGAUCACAAAUUUGCCUCAAUGAACAGUUGUAACAGGUGUUCCUUAUAUAGUGGCCGGUGAGUGUAUUUCUGUCACCUAAGUUGUUGAUGGAGACUCGUGAGGCAGUAGCUGGCCCUCCCCCCGGAGUAACAUGACAAUGAGCAACAAAACGUUCAGCAAUUGCAGCAGUUUAACAUUUCAUGUUUAACGGAAGUUCAACUCAAUGUUUAAUCUCUAUCCGCAGAUGUCUUGUGAAGUAGCCACACAAGAGUGUGCACUUCUGAUUAGGCCACUGUCAAUAAGGUGAGCAAGCGGUUCCAUGUCCAUGGCUUCACCGCUAGUUCUAGUUGUGUCCAUUGAUUAACUGAGGAGGAAAAAAAGCAUUCUCAAAAUCAUUUUUUUGUUGUUCUUAUAUUUGUUUGUAUCUUAUAUAUCGAUGUGGUGUUCAUAUUUUCAUAUUCCUAUGUUCCAUUCCAUUUUUCUUGAUUGUGUUUUAAUAAUGUCUUGUAAAUAAAUCUACAAAUACUCUUCAUACUGUCUGCAUUGUUGAAUUAUCAGGCUCUAUUGCGUGGCUGUACUAUAAACUAUAUGUAUGUGGCUAUGAGUUAUUAUUUUAUAAUCCUUACCCAUGUGUUGGCGUAAACAGCCAAAAUGGUGUCUGUAUGCUCGUCCAGCGGUUAGUACAUCUUCUAUUCGAGUAAGAUACUUCAAGCCUGUGCAUUUCCUGCAUCCAUGUGAUGACGCCCCUUUAGGAGACCUUUGGAGUUUUACGGUUGUGGGGAAAACUACCCCUUAGGAGACCAAACUUGAGUACUCCUUUGCAAUGGAUGGGCAGAGUUUGGAUCCUCUCUGCUCAAACCCCCAGCAUGCAAGCUUUCUCUUAUCUACCCUAUUUGCUCAAACCCUGGAAGAUCCAGCAUGCAAGCUGGAUCUCCCACCACUUCCCUCGGUAGAACUGUGACCUAAUAAAGAACAGAUUAGACCUGAUAGAUCAGUGGUUCCCAACGUUUUUCUUCAGGGACCCAUAUUUUUACCAUUGUAAGCUUUGGGGACCCAAUCGUGCAAGC